AUGCCUGAACCAGUGGGAAUUGCAAACUUGCCAAAUCAAAGAUACAAAAUUGUAUCCAAACAAGGUGCCACCUUCACCUUGAUGGUUGCAGGUGAAAGUGGAUUGGGUAAAACUACAUUCAUUAACACCCUUUUCCAAUCUUCGUUAAAAGCAUACCAAGACGCUUCCGAAAGACACAACAAGUUCACCAGUGCUCAUCAAACUGUCGAAAUCGACAUUGUCCGUGCAAUUUUGGAGGAAAAGAACUUCAAGGUUCGUUUAAAUAUCAUCGACACCCCCGGGUUUGGUAACAAUGUCAACAACCAUGAUUCUUGGACCCCAAUUAUUGAUUUCAUCGAUGAUCAACACGAAUCCUACAUGAAACAAGAACAACAACCUUCCAGAUUAAAUAAGAAGGAUUUGAGAGUCCACGCAUGUCUUUACUUCAUUCGCCCAACUGGCCAUUCUCUCAAGCCAUUGGAUAUUGAAAUCAUGAAGCGUCUCUCCACCAGAGUGAACUUAAUUCCAAUUAUCGCUAAGGCUGAUACCUUGUCACCUAUUGAAUUGGAAGCCUUCAAAUCGAGAAUAAGAGAUGUCAUCGAAGCUCAAGACAUUAAUAUCUAUACUCCACCAUUGGAAUUGGAUGAUCCAGCCAGUGCUGAGCACUCUAAGCAAUUGAUCGAAUCCAUGCCAUUUGCCAUCAUUGGUUCCGAAGAAGAAUAUGAGGUUGCACCAGGCAACUUUGUCAGAGGAAGAAAGUACCCAUGGGGUUUAGUUGAAGUUGAGAACGACCAGCAUUGUGACUUCAAGAAAUUAAGAAGUUUGUUGUUGAGAACCAACAUGUUGGACUUGGUCUUAUCUACGAACGAAUUCCACUUUGAAACCUUCAGAUCAGUUAAGUUGGGUGGUAAUGACGAUGAUGCCGGUAAUGAGGGAGAAAAGGAUGAAGAUGCCAAUGAGAACGGAGACGUUGUCAAGAAGUCGUUGGCAAAGAAACCAAGAAGAUUACACAAUCCUAAAUUCAAGGAAGAGGAAGAUGCCUUGAAGAAAUUCUUCACGGAACAAGUCAAGGCUGAGGAGCAGAGAUUCAGACAAUGGGAAACCAAUAUUGUCAACGAAAGAAACAGAUUGAACCAGGACUUGGAGGAGAUGCAAACUAAGUUGAAAUCCUUGGAAGAGCAAGUUAAGAAGUUGCAAUUACUGAAACGUUAA